GGUUCCUGCGCCUGCGCAGUGGCCCACGCGCCAUCCUGCAGGGGGCGCACAGUGGGGACAGGUGGCUUUUCGCGUUCGAGGCCGAGCGGGCGAAGCUCGGUGUGGCGGAGCGAGGGUAUGGACUUGAUGACAGAGGUUGUUAAGUGUGUGUACAUUUCACAUCCCCUAGAGUGGUUAUCACGGGAAAGUUCGACCUUUGUUGGCCAUUUUUCAGGUUUGCCAUCUUUCCUCUGGCGAGGUGGGGGCCCUUUCUCCUCAGCUCUCCGCGGGGGAGGGCGGCCCGGGGCUUCUGUCCCGGAGGGCCCGUGGCCUGGCGGGGACGGCGGAACGAGGGCGAGGGACUUUCUGGAGAGGGGCCCUCGGGGCGGCGAGCUCGUAGCGGAGGCCGUUCAUCACGGCGGUCCGGGGGCCGCCCGGGCGGGGUGAGGGUAGCCCGGGGGCGGCGCGCGGGGCCAACAGUCGGCCGCGGCCCUGGUCCCCGAGGAGCCGCCGGCGGCCCGAGGCGCGCUCAUCGCCUCCCGCCGCCCGGGCGAAGCCGAGGCCGAACCGUAAAGGAAUGAGCCGGGCCAGCCCCCCCAGCAUCCCGAGAGACGAGCGGAGCGCGCCAGAGUCCCGUCGCCCGGGUUUAUAGACCCGCUUUCAGAAGUAUCCGCAAUGGGCUUAUUUACUGAUUUUCUUUUCUCCCCUCUCUCCCCACCAAAAGGCGGGCUCCAUGAGGAAAGGGAGUUUGUCUAGUUCCUUGGGCUAUCCCCGGCAUGCCUGGCACAGGGGGCACUCGGUAGAUACCUGCCUUCCGGUCUGGCCCCUGAGUGAGCCGAGUGUGCCGGGGCAGGGCGCCUUCACGUCCUUAAAAUGGGAGGAUAGUGAUAAUACCAAACUCAGAGGUGACUAUUAUUAUUAUUAUUUUGAAGAAGAUGCAGGUUUAAAUUAUUACAGUGCCCGGGACAUAAAUGCUCACUAAAUGGUAAUAUCCUGUGGGUAUAACUGGAGACUUCCAUGUCUGUAAUGAACGUAGAGAAAAUAGUUAAAGCAAUUACAGUCUUUACUGGUCUCCAGGGGAUGGGUGGGGGAGUGGAUUAUUAAUGCACUGCAGAGAUCUUGGAAACCACUAAGCCUUCUUUCUUCAGCUGUCCAUGUCAGUGAUCUCCCCUCAAACUGCACCCCCAACCCCACCUGUCCCCCGACUGAGGUGUCUUCACCAUUCUCUGCUCCUUGUUGGAAAACUCGGUGAGCCUGACUGGUCCCUGUCUUCACUCUGCCUCUUCCUCACUCAUUUUCUCUAAGGAAUUUGAUUUGGUUAUAUCUCACUGUUUUUCCCACCCUUUUCUAAACCCAUUCCUGAUUCUGCCUAACCACACCCAGGAACAAAGGCUGGCUGACUCAGAAUUUCCCUUAGGAGGAAGGUGAGGAUAGAGGUGCUGGAAGGAUGAUGCUGCAGAUCAAGACAGAGCAAUUACAGAGAGUUCUGAUUUUAUGUUUUUGUACUUAACUCUGUCAGGGGGUCUGCUAUUGUUAUUAUUAUUGCUAAAUAUUAAUGAUCAAAACUGUGAACUGGGAGGGUGUGGAGGGCACUGGCAAAGGAAGAUUACUAUGCACAAAGCCUCCAGGCUUCGGACUCCUGGUCCAAACCAACAGCCCACGGCAGGCUGGACCCAUUUGAUCCUCUUCAACAGUCACUGAAAAAUCUGCCAUAUUUCUGCUAAAAGUCCGUAUUGAAAAAACAAGUGAACAAACCUAGAUGCUCCGUCUGGUCUUUCCCCUCCAGAUGGAGGCCCAGGAAAGUGUAUGGCAGUAUUAAGUGUUCAUGGAGCUUGAUGUAUACACUCUACACUCAAGCGUUGAGAAAAUGGGUUGAUAGGUAGGUGGAUAGAUAGAUGGAGUGGUAGAUUAAUGGAUGGAUAGAAUGAUAUGGCAAAUAAGUCUGCAUAUUGAAAUUGGUGAAUCUGGGUAUCUGGAGGGAUAAGGGUAUGUUGGAAACCUCUGUAGGGUUGUGUAUUAUUUUUGUAACUUGUAUGAAAGAAAGUAUUUCAAUAUAAAAAUUUAACAUUAAGAAAAUAUACGUAACACAGAAAUCAUUUUAACCAUUUUAAGUGGGCAUUCUGUGACAUUAAAUACAUUGACAAUAUUAUGCACCUUCCUCCUCUAGUUCCAGAACAUUUUCAUCUUCCUAAACAGAAAUUCUCCCCAAUUAAACAUCAUUUCUGCUUCAACCAUCUCCCUCCAGUAUAUACAGAGUGCCCACCAUGUUUCUGGCACAGCUCUUGUGUCUGGGGAUACAGCAGCAAAGAAAAGAGACACAACUCCUUGCCCUCAUGGAGCUUACAUUCUGGUUGGGAAAUCAGAUUAUAACUAAGGGUGAGCCCUCCUCUUCUACUAGAAAAAUGACAGUGUUCAGGAACUUAAAACUUCUUCUCUGGAAGAAUUUCAUCUUGAAGAAGCGGAAGACUCUGGUAACAGUCCUUGAAAUCUUGAUGCCAUUACUAUUUUCUGCAAUUGUAAUGUAUCUUCGUUUCAAUAGUUUUCCAAGAAUGAAACCUCCUGUAAACUACAGUGCAAUUGAUAUCAGUUUACUGCCAGAUUUCUUCCAUCAUUUUCCUCUGAAAAGUAAAUUUCAACUAGUUUAUAUCCCUUCCAAAAGUGAAACUUUGAAGGCUCUCACUGAAAUGGUGGACAAAAGCUUUGAUGUUGAUUUUGAAGGAAGGAAGAAAAAGAGAAAGAAAGAAACCCCUCCAACUAUGAACUGGGACUCUGACUGGCAGAUACAAAUCAAAAUCUCCCCUAGAAGAACGUACUUUCAUGCUGUAUCUCAAAGAUACCCACCAAAAAUGUUUCAAGUUCUAGGCAGUCAUUCAGUGCCUUCAUUUGAUAGAUACAUAGUGAAGAAUCCCAAAUCUUUCUACGUUUUGGCUGGAAUUUUUUUUUAUCAUAGCUUCAAAGACAGCAAGGAGCCCUUGCCACUUUCGGUUAAGUAUCACUUGCGCUUCAGUUGCAUAAAGAGGAAUUAUUUGUUGUCAAGGUUAAUCAUCUUUCGAGACGAUGGUGAAGGCUGGAGCACAUCCUAUCUUUAUCCUGCUAACCUAGGACAAGAACCCCGGGAAUAUUUAUUUGACGACGGGGGACACCCUGGUGCGGCGGCGAAUCGGCUACUGCCCGCAGUUCGACGCCCUGCUGGACCACAUGACGGGGCAGGAGAUGCUGGUCAUGUAUGCCCGGCUCCGGGGCGUCCCCGAGCGCCACAUCGGGGCCUGCGUGGAGCACAUGAUAGACGACUUAUCCCUGUGCCCUUAUGCCGGGAAGCUGGUAAAGAUCUACAGCGGCGGCAACAAGCAGAAGCGAGCACAGGCAUCGCCCUCAUCGGAGACCCCGCGGUCAUCUUCCUGGACGAGCCGUCCACUGGCAUGGACCCCAUGGCCCGGCGCCUGCUCUGGGGCACCGUAGCCCGGGUCCGCAAGUCCGGCAAGGCCAUUGUCAUCACCUCCCACAGCAUGGAGGAGUGUAAGGCCCUGUGCACCCGCCUGGCCAUCAUGGUGCAGGGCCAGUUCAAGUGCCUGGGCAGCCCGCAGCACCUCAAGAGCAAAUUUGGCAGCGGCUACUCCCUGUGGGCCAAGGUCCGGCACGACAGGCAGGAGGAGGCCCUGGAGGAGUUCAAGGCAUUCGUGAACCUGACCUUCCCAGGCAGUGUCCUGGAAGACGGGCACCAAGGGAUGGUCCACUACCACCUGCCCGGCCACAGCCUCAGCUGGGCGAAGGUGAGUGUCCAGCUGGGCGUGGGGACAGCACGCCUGGGAGGUCAUAGCUUUCUGGUGUGUCAGUUCCUUUCUCUUUCCGGGGAGUCACAUUCCGUGCUGCUGCCGCAGGUCCCCUUCUGACGUCUCCAUGGCAACGUUCAAGCGGAUUUCGUAGAACAUAAGGUGUUUGAGCUGGAAGGGACCGUGGAGAUCAGCUCCUCCCACCCCCUCACUUCACAGAAGGGAAGCAGGCCCAGAGAGGGUGUGCCACACGCCCAGGGCCACACAGCCAGCCAGGGACCAGUGGGCCCUCCCCCACGGGAGCCCCUCCCGGCCAGGCCCCCUUUCCCCUGAGAGCACAGUCUGAGUUCAGACACUCACUUCCGAGGAUGGGCCUCUGGGGGGACUUGUCGCAACCCAAGAGGCCCUCCCGCUUUCUGCCCCUCUGCUGCCUCCCCCUUCCCGGUGCCCCUCCUCAUAAUGAGCCCUGUCCUCCUCUGGCCUCCGUCGGCGGCGGUCUCCUUCCUCUCCUCGGGUGUUCGGGACACUGGAGCGAGCCAAGGAGGAGUACUCCCUGGAUGACUACUCUGUCAGCCAGGUCACCCUGGAGGACGUCCUCCUGAGCCUCAGCAGCACCAUGGCCCCAAGCGGGGAAGCGAGUUGAAAUGACUGCAAGCCAAGCCAGCGGGGCCUCCCUCACCCCCAGACGCUGCUAUCACAUGCCAGCCUGUCUUGCUAUAAUAAACAGUUCCUGUUGCCCAGA